AUGCAUCCUCGACGCAGUGCUCAGGAAGUCCUACUGUGUAACCUCUGUGAGAUUGUCCCCCUACAGAGUCGUUGUGAAGUUUGUAAUAUAAAUCUAUGUAAGGCCUGUGUUGGGGAGCACCUCUCUGAUUCCUCUAAACAGCACCAUGUUAUGCCCUAUUUACAAAGAAAGUCUACUCCUAACUACCCGAAAUGUCCAAAACACGCCAAUGAACUCUGUAAACAUUACUGUGAGGACUGUGACAUUCCUGUCUGUAUUACCUGCAUCUCCUCCGGUAAACACAAAGGUCACAAGUUGUCAGAAUUUCUGGAAAAACUCAACUCCAAAACACAAAGUUUGCAAAAAGAUUUAGAGGAACUCCAGACCAGAAUUUACCCGCGAUAUGAAGAAAUGGCGUCCGAUGUCCAAACUGAAAAAGCCGAAAUGGAAACGAAUUACGGGAAAUUGACCACAGCUGCCGAGCAAGAAGGUGAAAUCUUACACCGGGAGAUCACCGCCAUUGUCAACCAGAGGAAAUCCGCCAUUCAGGAAAUGAAAAACAAACACCUAUCUACCCUGAUUAAAAAUACAGGGUGGAGUCCUCGCUAUGUCUGCUGUACCGCGGGUAACGAUAUCCUGGUUACCAUGGACAGUUAUGUUGGAGAACAAUACAAAGGUGUGCGUUACUCCGGCUCCACAGAGAAACAAAGCAUUCAGUUUGAUGCUCAGGAUCGUCCUCUCUAUUCAUCUGUUGGUCACAUCAUUCCUUGUUAA